AAGAAGAAGAAUAAAAACACUUGUCACUGAGGAGCCCGGAUGUGCGUUCAGCUGUGCAGCCAUGAAGAUGACAGGGGAGAACAAUGUGGAAAACAGUGCUGGAAAGUCUGAUAUAACAAUGGAUGAUGUAAAGAACCUUGUUAAAAAGAAAGAUGACAUUGAAGAGCAGAUAAAGGCUUAUUACGACGUGUUGGAAGACCAAGGUGUCGGUGUUGAAGGUCCCCUGGUUGACGGAGAGGGCUUCCCCAGAGCAGAUGUUAAUGUAUACCAGAUCAGGACAGCAAGACACAGUAUUUCCUGCCUGCAGAAUGAUCACAAGGCCAUCAUGGUGGAGAUAGAAGAAGCCCUACACAAGCUGCAUGCCAGAGAGAAAGCCAAGCGGGAAGGGGACGAGGCAGGAGCCCUGGAGGAGCCGAUGGAGCAGCAGGUCACUCUUCCACCUCCCUUCGCACGGGUGGAUGCUGUGACACAAGGCUCACCCGCCUGCAAAGCUGGGCUCAGAGUUGGUGAUGAAGUCAUUGAGUUUGGUUCUGUGACCACGGAGAACUUUCAGAACCUCCAGAAUAUUGCUUCUGUGGUACAACGCAGUGAAGGGAAACCAUUACGUGUCGCAGUCAUUCGGGAUGGCCAGAAAGCUCAGAUGAGCCUGACUCCACAGCGAUGGUCAGGCAGAGGUCUGCUGGGAUGCAACAUUGUUCCAAUCCAUCGAUGAUCACCAUGACGUUGUGCACAACUUCAAUUGUGAAACCCCUUCCUUCACUUGCUACGCUUGGAUGGUUUCAAACUUUGUACUUUAUACAGACUGCAGACUUAAUCCAAACUGGUUCUAUUUUCUUCAUACAAAGGCAGUCUUCAGAAUGGGGAUAUAAGAAAAUAAAAUGUCACAGUAAUUUUGUUAAAGCGGCCAUGCUGAGUUUACUGAAUAAUAGCUGAAUAAACAUUACUACCUUAUACUACUCUGAUUCAAAUCUUACAUGUUAAAACUGUUUAGGCCUCUUCCUCCCAGGAUCAUGGAUUCCCUCAGAUGUCAGUGACCUGACAUGAUGGACACUGAAAAACGAUGACUGGAGACUUUGAAAAAUAAUUAACUUUGCUACGAUCAUCAAUAAAGACAUACUUUCAACUCUUGGGAACAGUUAAAUAUACAUCUACUGAUACACUUAGACACAUCGUCAGUUAUGGAACCUGAGGAAAAAUAUGACACUUCAAAUGUUGAUGAAAGAGCAACAACAAAUCAGGGAACCUUUGGCGUCCCCAAAAUGUUUACUCCAAAUGUAAUUAAAGAUUUUGUUUUGAGUGAACUUGAAA